GAAAUUAUUCACUGUGCUUUCACAAAACCGCGCCUUUUCAGUUCAGAGUACGACGAAAAUCGAAAUAUAAAGUUCGCGUGUAUCACGGUACGAUCACGAGAUCACGGGAUUAACCAAAAACCCCCUGGAUUAUAGGAAGCACUUCUUUCCAUACAUCGGUUAUUUCCACGCUUUUCGUCAGAUUGUAAAUAAGGAAUAUUCUCUUGAUUUACGAUGAAAGGUAGGUUUUAAGAUCCUCAUUCGUUAUGCACCUUGGACAGUGGAUUGUUUUGCCACCAGAAGAGUUGCAAAGUUUAAAAUCUUAAGUGUUUCAGAUUCUGGAGCGAGGAUCUUUGCGGAUCAAGGAAUUUUCGAUACUUUAUUUUGAUUCUCACGCUGGUGUACAAUUGUGUUUAUAAGAGUCGAAAUCGUUUUAUCCCGCUGGUUUUGUGGAGGGUUAGAUAUGCUUUAGUUCUUUGCCAUUGCUUUCUCGGUAGGAGCAAGUCAGGAGAAUUUUUCAGAGAACAUUUUUAUUACGUUGGAAAUCUUUAGGAAGAUUUAAAUCCACAAGAUCGUAUUCGCUCGCCAUAUGGCACGAUGCCUCCGGCGGAAAUCAAGUUAUCUGUAAGCGAAAUACACCUUUUAUGCCGCUAUUUCGAAAGUUACUGCAAAAGCACAAGUUUUAAUGUUGCAUAGAGCCCAAAUUUUCCAUAACCAAUUGAGUGAGAGAACAGAUAAAUGACGCACACGUUUGAGUAGAAAGCGAUAUUUCGAAUACUACGUUUAUUUUUAGUCUCCAUUGUUUGCGGUGUUUUUUCAAACUUUCAAGAUCGAUUUAUGCUUCACUGACGACAGCUCAAAAUCAAACAUUUUACAAGUUAAAACAACGUCCAACUUAAUACGAGACAGCAUAAUUUGUAAACCUAAAAGUUAACUUUUUUCCAUGUCGGAGAGUGUAAAAUUGUAUUAGCUUUACAUCUAAGAUGAUUCCGCCUCAUUUUAAUCUCCCCUGAUCCAAUAUCUGAUGGGUGAAGUGCCGUCUCAGUUAAGCACUGACCCUUUGGCGCAGGCGAUAUAAAUUGACGUAAUGUUCGCCAUAGCUUCACCACAUCACAGCAAAACCUUAAAUUAAGACACAAUUGAUAUUAACGACUAUUGAAAUAAACGUGAUAGAAUUUCAGAAGCGGAUAUAUGGAUUGUUGGCACCCACUAAAAAUAUUUGUUUGUUUAUCCACUCACGUUUAUUAGACUAAUCUUGAGUAAAAUGAGAGAGAUGGUAAGUUUUGAGCUCGCUAAAGAAAUAGAAAAAGAUGUUCUUCGUCUCGUCCCUACGAGGAAUCAAACCUCAGACCUUCGGAUUCCGCGCUCCGAUGCUCAACCGCGAAGUCUCUGUGGCUCAGUGGUAGAGCAUUGGAGCGCGGAAUCCGAAAGUCUGAGUUCGAUUUCUCAUGGGGACUCGGAAUUUUUUCUUUGUCCUACGCUCGUGACAAGACGAAAAAAAAUCUUUCUCUAAUCUUAAGCAGUUUACAAUACUCCACUGAGGUCCUAAAAUUUGGAAUUCUCUUCCAAUAUCAAUCAAUGGUUCGACUAGCUUUUCUACAUAAAAAAAAACAGAUGAUUGAAUUUUAAAUGAAAUGAAUCUGAAUUGGUCAAGCUGCACAUCCACAACCUAAUUGCAAACAUAUUAAAAACCAAGCUAGCCUCCCCCAGAAGCCUGAAGAUUUCUUGUGGGUCUCCUCCCCUCUACCAUACUAUUGAAUUUGUAUAAAUGUUACUUCUGAAGUGACUAAUAAAUGAUGAUGAUGUUAGUAAUAAUAAUGGUGAUGACGUUUGUAAUUUUUUUCUUACAGCCUGUUUAAGGUGGUGUUGCCCGUGCUGUUUACGCGGCGAACCCGAAGAAAAACCGCGGGUUAAAGUCGCGUACGGCGCUGAUAAAGACUCGAACGCAGACGAAAACAUUAACUUACUAAAACCCGAAGAGUUGCCGGAAGACACCGUGAAAGAAAACGGAAGCACAGUGGUGAAAUCUGAUAGCGACGAAGAAGUUAAGGACGACGAAGGGGAUAAAAAAGACGAAGGAGAUAAAAAAGACGAAGGAGAUAAAAAAGACGAAGGGGAUAAAAAAGACGAAGUAGAUAUUGAAAACGAAGACGACGAUACUAUGUGGUACACGGACGAAAACGGACGGCGCGUACGACGUGUGCUGACAACGGUGACAACGACUUCGACGAAAACAACAUCUGAGAACGGUGAUGAUGGUAAAAACCUUACGAGGGAUAUAUUACAAAUGGAAGGUAACCAUGGAGGAGUUGACAAAGAUGAGGAUGUGGAAGUCAGGGAAUUCGUCGAUGAGAAUGGCCGGAGAGUUCGACGAAUAAUUAAGAAGACGAUUGUAACAACAACAACCACUAAGAGAACGACAUCCAACAACGACGGACCCACCACUAAAGAGAUAAGCAGCGGAGAAGUGCUCCUGCAGUUUGGCAGCAAGCCUCCAGCGGAUGAAGUGAGUAAGAUCAACUUCGACAUCAAAAGGCAGCCGUUUGGAAACCACGACCCCAAGUUUACGACCAGAGGCCAUACGACAAUCAGUACUGAGUCAACAGGAGGAGACAAUGUCGGAAACAGCACAUCUUACCAUCGGUCGGUCUUCACAAAGACGAUUGGAGGCGGAGGAGGCACGACAGUAGUCGAGCACUCUACGAAGAGUUCCGGUCAUGGCAACGACCACCCGAUAACAGCUGUGACGAAGGAGUCCCGUAUUCACGUCCCAGGAUGGAUGGAGGAAAAGUCUUCGCCUGAAACAACACGCCGAAGCCAUGGAACUUCAGACAUAAGUGUUCACCUAAAUUACCCAAGAAAUUUCACAACCAAGAAGGAACCAGAACCUGUUGCUAACGAGAGCAAGAUCCAUCCUCAAGUCACGAAACGGGACAAGCCUGUCAUCGAUAUUCUUAGUCUUGAAGACGUGGUCAAGGAAAAAGAGAAAGAGAAAAAAGAAGAGAAACCGCCAUCACCUCAACCACCUCCCACACCAGAAGACGAGGAAGAGGAAGAAGAAAGUGAAGAAGAACAAGAUGAGGAAUAUGAUGAAUUCGAGGAGGAGAUAGUUGUACUGGAAGUACGUAGAAAGCCUCGCUACCACAGGGGACUGGAAAUUGCCAAAGAUGAACCCGAGAAGGUUGGGAUCCCCGUGGAGGAUCUACUAACAGUGCCAGUAAUAGAAAAGGUACAAGAAAGUGCCCCUAUGGAUUUCAUUGAAGAGGAAAAAGUCGAAGCUGUGGAGCGCGAGCCAGUUAAUGAAUGUGCUUUUGACUUUUCCAGUCUUGAGUGAUAAUUUUCAGGGAACGAAUGUAUCAUUAGAAAAUCAUAUAGCGUCAUCACAGUAAACAUAGGCGAACUAGGACCAUAACAAUUCACAUACGUAAAUGGCAAAAAUUUAAGUUAAGCUCUUUAAGAAUAUUUGGGAAGUGACAUUUAAAACGCUGCUUGAUGCCUAUCAUGUUUUCCUGACCAUUAUUAGAGACACUAAGGGACUAGACGGGUAAAGAUUUCAUAUUUUAGCCGCGAAUGCUUCAUCGAUUCACCUCUGACAUAUUAGCAAUUUCAAGUGUAGCCUAACUCUGUUGCGAAAAUUUUUUAUUCUGUCAAAGUAUGAUAAUAAUUGGUUUCCAAGAGGGGGAUUAAUUUUUAAAAUAAAUACCCACCCACAUCCUGUCGUUGAUACAAAAGUGAAUCCCCUACCCCUCCCCUGUCAAAAAGAAAGAAAAUUACAACAACAGAGUGACUUUCCACGUGACAGAAAUAUAACAUUGACCAAUGACAACUAUCAAAACUACCGAGGAAAUCACAGAAAGUACGCAUGCGUGGGAAAUGUGUGUGACAAAGUUUCCGAUCGGCUUUAGUAUUGUAAGCAUGUAAUUGGCGAAAAUAGUACGAACUUAAUGUCAGCCAAUCACAGCGUAAUAACAAAAAACUAAAGUACUAGAGGAUGCUUUGCUGUAAUCAAUCGAAUCAUUUUAGAAAGUAGGCCACUUAUUUCUUAAAAGUUAUCGGGGACAUCCUGCAGUUAAAUUGGUACCUAAAUUGAAAC